CGGGACCGGCGGGCGGUGGACCAAGUCUGUUCUUCCUUAAAAGGCUCUGAAAAAUCUCCCCGUUUCCUCCCAGCGCUUCUCCCCUACCAUUCGAGGAAAAUUUCUCUCGCGGGACUCGAUACGCCAAUCGAUCCGAGGCCGAGUUCUCCAUCAAUUUGGGGCCGGUUCUCCGGAAGAUUGGGUCUUUUUAGCUCGACGUGGCGCCAAGCCGGUAGGAAAUCGGAGCAUUUUAUUUGGUCGAUUUUGCUCGAUUUGAGUUCAGCGGGGUCCGAAGGUGCCACCCAUUGAUCGAAUCGGCCUUGCAAGGCUUGGAUUCGAGAACCAUUCAGUCCCGCAUGGGCGAUUCUUGGAUUGUGCUCGACUGAAUCGAAGGCCAAUUGGCGGUUUCUUGGCUCAAAUCCCACUUUGCUCGGCGAAUCUGAGGCGCUGGGAGUCGUUCGCAGAGAAGGCGGCGAUAACCCGUGCAAUCGGGUUCUUGGAUGGGGACGGGAUCGAGCAUCCUUGGCGCAGACGGGGAGUGGGGAGAGACGUCGCUCGGCGACAUGCCGGAGAGCUGCGUGGCGGCGGUGCUGCUCAACCUUAACCCGCCGGAGAUCUGCCAAGUAGCCUGCCUCAACCGCGCCUUCCGGGGCGCCGCCUCCGCGGACUGCGUGUGGGCCGGCAAGCUGCCCGCUAACUACCGGUACCUUGUGGCUCUUGCAGCUGCCGCCGAUGAUGAGGGCGGUGGCGACGGAGAUGGCAAUGUCAAGCCCUGCUCCCUUAUAUCGACUAAGAAGGAGAUUUACGCGCGCCUGUGCCGGCCUACACUUUUUGAUGCCGGUACAAAGGAAUUCUGUAUUGAGAAGAACAAGGGAGGUCUUUGCAUGUCCAUCUCCUCAAAAGCGAUGGCAAUAACAGGUAUAGAUGACCGAAGAUACUGGAGCCACCUUGUCACAGAGGAAUCAAGAUUCCAUAGUGUUGCUUAUCUUCAGCAAAUUUGGUGGCUUGAGGUGGGUGGGGAGCUUGAUUUCUGCUUCCCUGCAGGUUCAUACAGCCUGUUUUUCCGUCUUCACUUGGGUCGAGCGCACAAGCGCAUGGGUCGUCGGGUUUGUGACACUGAGCUCAUCCAUGGGUGGGAUGCCAGACCCACCCGGUUCCACCUCUCAACAUCGGAUGAACAACAGGCUACAUCAGAAUAUUAUCUAGAUGGACCAGGAAGCUGGAUUCUUUACCAUGUCGGCGAUUUUGUCAUUUCGAACUCCGAUGAGUUGAUCAGCCUGAAGUAUUCGAUGAUGCAGAUCGACUGCACCCACACGAAAGGUGGCCUGUGCGUCGAUUCAGUCGUGAUAUAUCCGAAAGGGUAUCGACGCGAGAAGAUGAACACAGUCUACAUGUAAUUUUGCAGGGUGGUUGCGAUGCUCCAGCAACGCGAGGCAAUUCAGAGGGAGAUGGCUAGUAUUUUUCCUGUCCAUUCUUAUCUGAAAGUUUGUGUAUAUAUUAUUUUUCUUGUCCUCUUUCUUUACUUUCUGAGGGUCUUGCAAUUUGUCAUGUAUUCUUUGUAGUGUUAGUUACACACUGGUAGGGAGGGAGGUAGGAGAGAUCUAGAAUCAGUUUAACUUGACAUGUUAUUUGUGGAGUACACAGUACUAGUCGUCUGAAAUAAGCAGUCAAAUGCCAUCUUCAUCUGUAUUUUUCCAAUCA